AUGCGUCUUCUACUAUCUCUCGUGGUAGUUGCAACCAUCUGUCCGCUUAUAUCCGCGGUGCCCGCAGGUUCAAGUGUCACUCCACCACCGCCCCUCCAGCCUGUCCACCUCAUUACUCAUUCCGACCCACGCCGCCCAUGGACGCGAGUGCGCGAUUGGGUUAUUGGUUCGAUCUGGGGGAUUGAUCGCAAGCAUUGUUCAAAGGAUUCAUCGCCGCCGGCAAACAUCUACGCUCGAUAUGGCAGCGACGUAGUACUUCGGUUUAACUUGCGUCAGCCGGAUGAGGCAGCCGCAUUGUCAUCCGCGUCGCAAGUGCUGUUCUUGGAUAUUUGGGCCAUCACUUCAGAAUUCGUGGAUAUUAGACUCGCAGAGGAUAUGAUACCCUCAUUGCUCGACCUCCUCCCUACCACUCUCCGAACCUCCUACACUCCCCUCAUAGAUAACCUCGCCGAGAAGAUCUACGCAACAUAUCCCGAUAGCAACCGUCAUGAUGCGGAUUUCGGGUCUGGGACUAUGUCAUCGGGGCCAAAGACAUCCACCAUCGGGGAUCUAUUUUUCGAAGAAUACCAGCCAUUAUCGGUCAUUACGCAAUGGAUGCGCUUGAUGGCGUCAAUGUUUUCCUCGCACGCGAAGAUGACUAGUAUUGGCGUUUCCUACGAGGGCCGCGAGAUUCCAGCCCUGCGACUUGGCACGUCUGAAACAGAGUCCAACCCCGGGCCCCGCAAGACGAUCGUCAUCAUGGGUGGCACCCACGCCAGAGAAUGGAUCAGCACAUCCACAGUGACAUACGUGGCAUACAGCCUCAUCACUCAUUACGGAUACUCCCCUGCCGUAACACGCUUGUUGCACGAGUACGACUGGAUUCUAAUCCCCACCCUCAACCCAGACGGAUACGUCUACUCGUGGGAAUCAGAUCGUCUGUGGCGCAAGAACCGCCAACCAACUGGCCUACCAUUGUGUCCCGGUGUGGACUUGGAUCGAACGUGGGACUUUGAGUGGGAUGGCGAGUCAACUCAUUCAAACCCCUGCUCCGAGAACUACGCCGGAGCAGAGCCAUUUGAAGCGCGGGAAUCGGAUCGUCUGGCGCAGUGGGCGCAAAAUGAGACAGCUCACGGCCGCGCUGACAUCGUCGGAUUCAUUGACCUGCACUCUUAUUCUCAGCAGAUCCUCUAUCCGUACUCAUACAGCUGCUCAUCGGUACCUCCCACCCUGGAGAGUCUAGAGGAACUCGCCUUGGGUCUCGCCAAGUCUAUUCGCCAGACCUCGCACGAGUUAUAUGACGUUACUUCGGCAUGCGAGGGGAUCUUAACCAAUGGUGCAGCUGCUGGUGUCACUUCCGGUGGUAGUGCUCUGGACUGGUUCUACCAUAAACUGCAUGCCAAGUACUCUUAUCAGAUCAAACUUCGGGACCGGGGUAGCUAUGGGUUCCUUUUGCCCUCAGAGCAUAUCGUUCCUACCGGAAAGGAAAUCUUUAAUUCGCUUUUGACCUUUGGAAAGUUCUUAUGGGGUGAGGAAGUAUCAGAGGCUUCCUUUGAGGAUCUCAUGACGGGUAGUCAAAUGCCCCUGACAGAUCAGGUAUAA